GGAAACAAUGUUAAGCUAAACUUGCUCACUUGCUAAGUUUUGUUUAUACGUUUCUGUGACCUUAAACAGUCGAGGAGAACCGUCUGAGGUUAUCUUUGUAAAGGUUUGAACCUGGGCUUCAUUUACUGUCUCAGGAUUUUUCACAUCAAACUCAUCAUAUCCGAGAUUUAAAGGUUUCAUGAAGUUUGCUUAGUUCGAUAUCUUUAAAUCGAACAAAGACGGGCUAAACGACUGACAGCUAGGGAAUGAAACGGAGCGGCGAAAUCCGAUUUUAACGGAGUGUUUGACUUGAUUUUUGGUAAAAUGUCUAAAGUCCAAAUGUUGAGAGUUUUCGUGAACCAGAGACUGAGUGCAGCUGCUGAAGAGAUCUUUGAGCUGUUUGAAAGAACGAUAUUAGAGUACGAGGAGAAACUCUGUGGAUCUAAAGAGAAUCAACACAAACAGAUAGAAACUGUUUACAACCCUGAAGCAGGUUUGUUCUGUUUCAAACUCUAACUUUAGCUUCAUAUUACGUGGUCCUUCACCGUUAACUCGGCGUGACAUAGACCAGCACAGCGGGGAACAUGGUGAAGUGGGUUGAACUGAAACUUGUUGACUUGUUGUGUAUUUGACAAACUGGUUUAUUUCCCGUUGAGGCGGACACGAGUUCGCGGCCGAUUACCGAUUAGUCUCAAACGGGCUAAAAUUGGCCGAUUUAAUCGGCUCGCCGAUAACUCGGUCGGGCCCUAGUCUGCAUAUAUUUCAUGUUGUUCAUCCCUGCAAACCAACAGAAUAAGUGUAAACAUGACUGUCUUAAUAAUAUAGCAUGUCCAAACUCUGUGUAUGGGGUAAGUUGACCAUAGGAGCGGGGUAAGUUGAGCCCUUCUUCCCCGCUUUGCUUCCAUAGAUCUCUACUUUCAAGAACAGAAAAGGCAAAUCAGGCUCUGCUUUAAGACAGUCUUAGUUUAGAGGUAACACAGUUUUUUUUUAUAACUUUUCUCUUAAUUGUUCUUGUCUGCAGACGCCCAGCAACUGUUUGUGAGGAAAGAAGAAGUUCUCCAUGAGCAGCAGAAAAGGAGCUCCAGUCUGGAAGCACCACAAAUUAAAGAAGAACAGGAGGAACUGUUGAGCGGUCGGCAGGGAGAGCAGCUUCUAGGACUGGAGGAGGCUGAUAUCAGCACAUUUAUAUUCACUCCUGUCCCUGUGAAGGGUGAAGAAAAUAGAGAGAAACCUCAGUCCUCACAGCUUAAUGAAAAACAAACUGAAGUGGAUGGAAAGACAGAGCAUUUGAUGACAGAGGAUGAUGGAGAGGACUGGGGAUGGUCAGAAACAGACAAAGACUUUAAUCCAGAUGAUCAUUUACAGCCAGUUACUGAUGGAGAGACUUCACACACCGAAUCAGAGACUGAUAACAGUAAUGAUUGGGAGGACACAAAAAAAUCUCAGUCAGGUUUAGACCCUCUGCAAAACAAAGAAGGAUAUAAUAAUGCAAAAACAUCAUCUUGCUUUUCUGACUGUGAUACUUACCCUGACCAAAAGACACAACUGCAGAACUGCAAAGAUGUCCGCGUAGGAGAGGAACGGUUCGGUGGCUCAGUUUGUGGUGAAAGUCUUGAUAUUGAGAAAAAUGUAUCAGCGGACGGGAUCCGUCUUACUAAAAGAAAAGGUGUCAGUUGCUGUUUUUGUCAGAAGAAAUUUACAAAGCCAGCAGGGCUUGUGAGACACAUGAGGAUCCACACAGGAGAGAAACCAUUCAGUUGCUCUGUUUGUGGCAAAAGUUUCACACAAAAGUCACAUUUGUACCAACAUGAAAAAAUUCACACAGAGGAGAAAUAUUUCAGCUGUUCUAUCUGUAACGCAAGAUUCCAUUGGAAAACAAACUUAGUCGUACACAUGAGACUCCACACUGGAGAGAGACCCUUCUGUUGCUCUGAUUGUGGUCGAAGUUUCACCCAGAAGUCAAGUCUGGACAGACACCUAAAGGUUCACACCGGGGAGAAACCCUUCAGUUGUUCUGUCUGUAAAGCGAGUUUCUGGCGCAAAACUCCUUUGGUCGUCCACAUGAGGAUCCAUACUGGGGAGAAACCCUUCAGUUGUUCAGUUUGUGGAAAAAGAUUUUCUCAGCGCAGAGGUCUGACACGUCACGCAGUUGCUCAUGCGGAAGAAAAACCAUUAGGAUUCAAUGUUUGUGACUAAGAACUGUAACAUGAGUACAAAUGUGGUUCAUUGAGAGUGACGAAAUUUCUUUCAUAGGCUCUCAUAGGUCACAUAUCAAGGUCCGUACACACCGAGACAGUUUUUUUCGUGCGAUUAUUUCGGACAUCAAAUUUUUUUUUAGAACCUGUAUCCUGUCAAUACAAGUGUUCACAUCAGCGAUGUUUUCCUGUCCUGUGAUAUUGCGGCAUUUAUUUUUUCGGAUCAUGGUCAAUGUUUCUGAAGUUUCUAUAUUCACGUCGGCCCCUGUGUGUACGGACCUUCAGUCUAAAAAUUAGGUAUGGAUGAAGAAAUAAGAAGCACUUUAUUAGUUUCCUUACUGAUUUGAAGCCACACUUUCAUUUCAGCCCUUUUCAAUAAAACCUUUACAUUGUGUUUAUUAUGGGUUUGCUGUGCCUUUGUUUUUUACAUUUAUCAAUUUUCAUAAAAACUAUUUCCUGUCACCUACACAGUCCUGUUUUCAGCAAUGGAUUUGAUUUUUAGAUCACCUGUUUGUCUUCACUUCCUAUAACACUAAUGUAUUUUAACAGGCUCUCCUGAAUGGGUAAACUGUCGUGAAAUUUAUAUAUUUAAACACAAUCUGGUCUGUUGAACUUCCAGAAAAUCAACAUUAAAUAUGAGAUCAAAUAAAGGCUGCUUGUUCUUGAUUC